CUUGGAAAGAUGAGUGUGUCUAAUUCUAAAAAGGCAUGACAUUUUUUCGUCUUCAAAAUCCCCAAUAAUGCUUUCAAAGUCAGUUCUCUUGCGUAUUUCAAGGAAACUUGGACCACGGUUCAUAGUUAGUUCCACUAGGGGUUCCAAGAAAACGGAGAAAGAGACCAAAGCAAAGUUAAAGGAUCUGGUUCCACCCCCAGAGUUCAUUGCAUACAGAGAAAAACUCUGGCAGGAGCUAAAAGCAGACUAUGAUAAAUGGUUGGCUGCCCAGCCCCAGGAUCCAAUAAAGGUGACCUUACCAGAUGGUAAACAGGUGGAGGGUCAGGCCUGGAAAACUACGCCCUACGAUGUUGCUAAAGGAAUCAGCCAAGGCUUGGCUGACAACACUGUGGUGGCUAAAGUAGAUGGAGAGUUAUGGGACUUGGAUAGGCCAUUGGAGAAGGACUCCUCUCUACAGCUUCUGAAGUUUGAUGAUAAAGAUGGCCAGUAUGUUUUUUGGCACUCAAGUGCUCACAUCCUAGGAGAAGCGAUGGAGAAGUUGUAUGGGGGACAUCUAUGUUAUGGGCCGCCGAUAGAGGAGGGCUUUUACUAUGACAUGUGGUGUGAGAGUGCAGCAGUGUCCAGCAAUGACUUUGGUAGUAUAGAAGACAAAGUGAAAGGAAUCGUCAAGGAAAAACAGCCAUUUGAAAGAUUAGAAAUGAAGAAGGAAGAUUUACUCAAAAUGUUUGAGUAUAACAAAUUCAAACAAAGGAUUCUGAAUGAGAAGGUGACCACUCCUACCACUACAGUAUAUAAAUGUGGACCAUUGAUAGAUUUAUGCAGGGGACCACAUGUUAGACACACGGGUAAAAUCAAGUCGUUUUCUGUAACCAAGAGUUCAGCCACUUACUGGGAGGGCAAGGCUGAUGCCGAGUCACUCCAGAGAAUUUAUGGAAUCUCAUUCCCUGACCCCAAACAGCUCAAAGAGUGGAAACACUUCCAGGAAGAGGCUGCCAAAAGAGACCACAGAAAAAUUGGCAAGGAACAAGAGCUGUUCUUUUUCCAUGAGCUUAGUCCAGGCAGUUGUUUUUUCUUACCAAAAGGAGCCUAUAUUUACAAUACUUUAAUUGACCUUAUCAAGAGUGAGUACAGAAAACGAGGCUUCCAGGAGGUGGUGUCCCCCAACAUCUACAACGCUAAGUUGUGGGAGAGGUCUGGCCACUGGCAGCACUAUGCGGAAAACUUGUUCCAGUUUGAUGUUGAGAAAGAGAAGUUUGCCCUGAAGCCAAUGAAUUGCCCUGGGCACUGUUUGAUGUUUGACCACCGCCAGCGGUCGUGGCGUGAAUUGCCCCUCAGAAUGGCCGACUUUGGAGUGUUACACAGAAAUGAGCUGUCUGGAGCUCUCAGUGGGCUCACUCGAGUCCGGAGGUUCCAACAAGAUGAUGCCCACAUCUUCUGCCAGCCAGAACAGAUCAAAGAGGAAAUAGCCGGUUGUUUAGACUUCCUGAAAGCUGUCUAUGAUGUGUUUGGCUUCACUUUUAAACUGUACCUGUCCACGCGACCAGAGAAGUACAUGGGCGAGAUUGAGAUCUGGAACACCGCAGAAAAGCAAUUGUCUGAAAGUCUUGAUGCUUUUGGGUAUAAGUGGGAGAUAAAUCCAGGAGAUGGUGCCUUUUAUGGACCAAAGAUUGACAUCAUCAUCAUGGACGCCUUGAGGAGGCCCCACCAGUGUGCCACCAUACAGCUUGACUUCCAGCUGCCAAUCAGAUUCGACCUCAACUAUGUCAGCGGAGGAGAGGAUGGAGAGAAGAAGAGACCGGUGAUGAUCCACCGAGCCAUCCUGGGAUCUGUGGAGAGGAUGAUUGCCAUCCUGUGUGAAAACUACGGCGGCAAAUGGCCAUUCUGGCUGUCGCCCAGACAGUGUAUUGUUGUCCCUGUGGCUCCUCCAUUCAAUGAAUAUGCUAACCAGGUCCGGCAGCAGUUACAUGACGCAGGGUUUAUGUGUGAAGCUGACGUCGACGACGGUAACACGCUGAACAAGAAAGUCCGCAAUGCGCAGAUCGCACAGUUCAACUUCAUUCUAGUUGUGGGUGAAAAGGAAUUGGAAAACAAGACGGCCAAUGUCCGUACACGCUGCACCAAGGUCCACGGCGAACACAGUAUAGCGGACAUCAUCACCAAGUUCUCCAAGUUCAAGGCCACCCGCUGUCUAGACGUGGAGGACAAGUUUGAAUAAGUGACAGUUCCCCUCAUGGAGCCUUUAUUUAUUUCUUUGAUUGUGAUUGGCUUUCACAUUACCCCAGUAACAAUCAUGUUUACAUAGUGCUUUGAAAACCUGUGGACUUUAAAUUGAUGGGCUCUGAAGUAUUCCUGGAUGUAUGUAGAUAAAUAAAUUUGAUAAUUCUUCGGAAGAGAGUACUUACUUUAGUAAUCUUCCCUUUCAAUUUGUGCAAUUUUUUGGGCUAUGUCACAAAGAAGACUGGUUGUAGAUCGGGUAUUUUGAGGUACAGUGUAUCAAGAAAACAGUUGAAUGAUGUAAUAAUGCUUUGUAGAAUGGUGCACUCUGUUUAUUCGUAAUUGAUAAACAAUAAAACCUGACAUUAUUUACUUGCACUAUGAUUGCAUUCAUUGUCUUCUCAACUGUCCAUGAAAUAAAAUGAUUUUAUCAAACACA